UUUGAACAAGAUGCUCGUAAAGGAAUACCGAAUAUGCAUGCCGAUGACGGUCGAAGAAUACCGGAUCGCGCAGCUAUAUAUGAUCCAGUUAAUCUUACCAAUCAUAUUAUUGACCUGAUGGUUGUGGCGGAGUUUCGGUCAUUUCAUAAUUUCCCUAUUUUGCAGAAGAAAUCCCGGGAAGAAAGUACUGGGCGUGAAAGCGGGGUUGAAAUACUCAAGAACACGCCAUAUACUGACGGUCCCGGGGGGAAUGGUCAAUACACAUUCAAAAUAUAUCACGUAGGCAGUCAUAUACCAGGCUGGCUGCGUACCAUAAUACCGGACGCAGCGCUGCGAGUGGAGGAGGAGGCCUGGAAUGCUUAUCCCUACACGAAAACUCGCUACAGAGUUCCCUUUAUGGAGAAGUUUUCCCUCGAAAUCGAAACUAGGUAUCUGGAUGAUGCAGGAGAAAGCGAGAAUGUCUUUGAUAUGUCUCCUGCUGAAUUGAACACUCGCAUUGUCGACUACAUUGAUAUAGUGACUGAUCCUCUGGCGCCCGCGAAGCCGGCUGAAGACCCCUCCGUCUACGUCUCCCAAGUGACUGGACGUGGUCCACUCUCGGCUGGCUGGCGUGGCGAAUUUCAAGAGGCGAUGCGCACAGGGCGGAAGUACCCUGGUCAGGGCACCAAACCGGACGCCACGGGCAGCGUCCCCACUGAGCCCCUUCCCAUGCGUAUCAUGUGCUCUUACAAGGUGUGCCGUGUGGACUUCCGCUACUGGGGCAUGCAGUCCAAAAUUGAGAGCUUUAUUCAGGACUAUGCCCUCCGUCGUACAAUGGUGAGCGCGCAUCGACAGGCGUGGACGUGGCAGGAUGAGUGGUACGGACUCACUAUGACGCAGAUUCGGCAACUCGAGGCGGAGACGGCUAAGGCACUGGCCUUGAAAAUGGGCGAGUCGGCGGGGAAUAGCCUCAAAAUUACGACCUUUUCACCCGAUAGCGCCUCAGCAGCAAUUACCGAUCAUCAACAAGGGCAACAGUUAGAUCAGGAUGCUGACAAGAAGAAAGUUGAUGGAGGGGGUACUGGCGAUGAGGCGGUAGCCUCUGCUGUGAAUUUCGGAUCCUGUAUGAGUUUUACGUCGGAGUCCGAACGGGGUAGGCUUCCCUUAUAA